UUCGCCAUUUCUUCGUAGCCCUCGCUUCUAUAUUGACGAAACACAUGUCACUAAAGCAUAUCGCGUAAAUAAAUUGCAAUAGGCCCUUGUUUUAAAUCAUUUUACUGAUAACACAAUUUUAAAACGCAAAGCGAAGGGUCGACUCCGCCUGCUUCGCUAGAAUGAAACAGACCAAAAUGCCCGAUAGCAGUGCGUUCUUCACUGGUGUGUUCUUUACUGGUUUGUCUUUUAGCACAAUUGGUCCAUGCCACACAAUGCCGACGACAGCGACGCUGGCGACGCGCGUCCGGAUAACUUACGAACUGUAAAUGACACGACCACCGCUGACCCUGACACAACUUCUGAUCAAAAGACGCGCAGUAAUGAAGUCAAGGUGGUAGAAGCUCGAACGGCCAUCGUGCUGCUUAACUAUGCACGUGUGUCCACAAAUAAUGAAUAUAUCCAAUGGUUCCUCAAGAGCUUGUUUCAACCGUUGACAAGUAAAGAGAACGAUGUCAUGAAAGUAUUGUAUCUUUCAAGAAGCCGAAAGGCUAUCUGGAGACCCGAAGAAGCAACCUGGCCUGAUGCUACAGGCGAUCCGUCGCUUGGUCCAGAAGAGGUGUUUGCAUUGACACCUCGAACGAAUCUCAUGACAAUGACAUAUGUGUACCGGCUCGUUUAUAUCCUGGAUCUCAGUUCCAGUCUUGCCACCGUGGGAAGCACAACCCCGACGAUCUUGCUGUCAGGUGCUUUCGAAAGUUUGAGAAACUCUCUAGAAGGUCUUGUUCAGCCGUUUUCACUGCCGUUAUCCGAUAAAGAAAAGGCUAUUCUGCGGCCAAAGAUCCGGUUAACUGUAAUGGCUGAUUGCUCUCAGUUUGCAUCCAAUAUCAAUGUUAUUCCAAUGCUUGCCGAGCACCCAACGAUCCGCGUAUUCAUGCAAAAUGUCAAUGUCGACACACACAACAUUCACCACAUCGUCGCCAAGUUGUACUCGGAUUUCCUUGCAUUUCAAAAAGACACGGCCAACUUUAGAAAUUUGAUGCAGCGAAAACGAUCCACGCUGGAAUAUGAUUUGGACGUGGGCGGAGGCGAAGUUGUUAUUCCACAGGAUGUCAGCGUACUGGAUGCAACAUCGCUACCUCCUGAAAAUUCUCCUAUUGUUGUUCCACCGUCUCAGCGGCAGCAGCAACAAGACCAGCAGCGACCGAAUCAAUCCACAGCGACAGAACGCCAAUCGCCCACGGAUAGCAACAACAUUAGCAACAUAAAAAAGCAUAAUGAAUCCUCCUACCAUUCUUCAAAACGGGAAGUAUGGGGUCUCGGCAAAUCAGGUGCCAACUUAUCGCGUAUAUUACAUGCUGGCCAUUUCGCACUGAAGUUACUUUCUCGAGAAGGACGGCCGCAGAUGAUUUUGAUCACUGAUGGCUCGAUGAAAUCUAACGUGCACGACAAUACAUUUGUGCGCCAAUUUGCUGAAGAGGAUGUUACCUGCCACAUCAUUCAGGUCGGAUCCAUGCAUAGCUUUAUCCCUGGCAGAAACUUUGGGUUUGUUCCUGAUAACGAGAUUCUCAUGUUUCUUGCCAAAGCGACGGGCGGAUCGUUUACAUACUCGGAUCAGUGCAAGACGGUGGCUGGUGAUACUACAUCAGCAACAACAACGACAGCACCCAGCAAUGAUCAACCUGUUCUCACGGUUGUUCCAGCUAAUCAAACCGAUGUCAAGUCACCCAACAUUUACCACUCCAAGUUCUUGCUUCGAGAAUCUACUUUAACACCACGACAUCACGACUUACGACUCCAUGAUACACAAGAAAGAGGCAAUACUGGGGGACGUGAUAGGCUCGCCAUGAAUGAACAGCAGACACUGUACAAUUUUCCUUGGGAUCCAAGCUCCACCGCGCCCCAGGAUGCGCUACGACUACUACGAUAUCGCGAAUACCUGCUACCUGCAGAGUUCUCGCAUGUAAUUGCUUCGCGUGCUCGAGAAGGUUUCAUACUCCACUCGGUCUCUUUCGAAAACUCAAAAAAAGCUGCGACAACUGCUACAACGACAGCAGAUAUUAGUGCGCUACGCACUUUCGAUGCCCCGGAUUUCAGCUCUGUGAAAAAGGAGCGUAUACAGAUCAUCAUGGCACUACAAUGGCAACCUAAUGUUGUCAUUGAAUAUCGCAUCCGUGCAACAUGGCUGCCGACAAUCAUUGGACCACUAAAGGAACUGAAAACGGAUCCGUGCCUUCUACCAAGAAGCAUCUUCAGCCGAGCCAAAGCACCAAGAGCAGAGAUUUUCGUGCGCACGGACGCCGAAUUUGCACACAUGCUUCAGAAUUGGGAUGCGUUUCGACGACGUGCACAAAUGAUGGGUGUAGUGACUGGCGCGCCUUACCUAAGUGAUACAUACAAUGCACCAGCUUAUGUCAAAGCAGAAAAACUUAAAAACUACCUUGUCGACAUAUACGAAAGCGACGAAGUGCUCAAGACUGUUAUGGGGUUCAACAGCAAAUACCUUUCAGGCUUGCAGCUAGCCGAAGCAAACAAACAAAGAAGCACAUUCAUUGAUACGUUUCGUAAUUUUUGGGAACACAUCAAUGCUUCUCCCAACCGUCCGCGGACACGCAGCUGGUACGAUGACAACUGUAUCGAUCUGUUGUUAGGUGAUGUCUCGCCGUACAUGUCGCCAAAACUGUCGUCUGCAUACAAUCAAGACUUUGUCGCUAAAGUUGAGUUUGCAAUCAACGAGGCACUUGAAAAUGUGGGUCAAAUAUUGGCAUCGCGGGCUGAUUUCCAAGGUGGCGACGGUACUUUUGUGCGGGUCAUGAACCGCUUUGUAACGAAUCCGGAAAUGAGCGACGACGACGCGAAAGGAUUGUUUUCGUUUAGUCUCAGCUAUCCACCUUCAUUUUAUGAGGUACGAGUACGAAGAGAAUACGGGCGACUUGUUUCCAUACGGCUGCUGUUCUUUAACAUGGAUGUGCUUGCACGACAACGGACAACUGAACAUCUGCUGCAUAUUUUGGAGCUACCUAAUGAGCCAUCCAGCAUGAUAUGCCAUCGACCGUAUUCUCGUUUGUUGAUGAGAGAUUCGAGACAUUACCAUGAGAACGACGGAGGUGCGCAAAGGAUUCGGUCGCGCGCUUGGUAUCUGCCUGCUGCGAUGUGGCUAACGAGUGAACAUAUUGUCCGGGACUAUCUGCGGCACAUAACGUGGACGUGGCAAACCGACAGCCAUCAAAAUCAAUAUCACCGCGAGCAUAAAAUGAUGCCACUGCAUGAUCUGGCAUUCCAAUUCUUGUGCCAGGCACGUCUUGAUCAAGGCUUCCAGUUGGUGUCACCACGACCAGACGGCACGCACUUUUACCAAGAAAUUCACCUGCCUGGAAGCAACGACUCAUGCGCGAUCCAGUAUUUUAUAUGGAAAGAUGCAGACACUGGCAAAAUUACCACUGAAUUGUGGAUGGAGCCUAGCAGUAGCCAUGAUCAAUACGAAACCCUCAAGGCAUGGACCGUCAAUCCUGAUCGCAAAACGAUAUCUCAACUAGUAACUUUUGAUCAAGUUCACGCUGUUGCUCGUGCUAAAGGGAAGGGGGACAUCAAGGAAAAGUCUCAAAGGGAGCCUGCUGCUCCGCAACAAGAUGCUACCAUGGUCAUGAUGCUUCCACAACUGUUUGAUGUCACCUCUGUGCUCCGCUCAAACGUGUUCGUCCUUGCCAGCUUUGCAUCGCCCCAAUUCCAAGCUUUACCCAAGGAUCCCAUAAAACAGCUGCCAAACGGAAAUGGCUAUCAUAACGCACCACAAGAUCAACAGCACCAGCAUCAUUCAAUUGAGCCCCUUCUCAAGCAGCAACAAGCAGAGAAUCAUAAAGACAUAUGCCUCCGACCGGACCCGACGCUGAACAAGAAUAAAAAGACUCUUGCGCAGCUUGAUCUGGGUUUGCAAAGUUAUGCAUUGCUGCAUUACUUUGCGGAGCAUGCCCUGGAAAAGAUGACAGACGGAGAAAUCAUCAUGACCCAUCAUGACAGUGGCUCACGGUUCUGGACAGAAUUGAAGCGUGCUUUGCAGUCUGCUAAUAAGCAGUAUUUCUCGGGGAUGCAGCUUGCGACAGACCUGCGCAAGAUGCGCUGCUUCGUCACAUUCUUCGACGUCCGAUCAUUUGUGAUCACGCUAUUCCCUGGUCUCCAUACUGUGAUUCACGGGCUGUCGUCUGACAAAAGGCCCACUACGACAGACAGUUGCGUGGACUUUAUUAUGUUUGAAUGCGUUCGUCGAAAACCACUCAAACCACUUAAAAGUGACCCACGUGCCGACAGUGGUAGUAGAGUCAUUAAUAAGCUAGUUAUAGAUGACGAUGACAACGAGGUUUCCAUAAAACCCAUCGAUUGGCUCGUUCAUGAAGAUGACGGACUGGGAGAUACCAUGCGACCAAAAAUGAUCGAGGGCCAUUUCAACGACAAGCACACAUCCGGUCUGACUGAGCGGGCACUGCGAGUGGUGCAAGAUGUGAAGCGGCUAUACUGCAAAAGCUUCUUUCGAUCGUUUUAUACGUGUCUCAUGCGUGGCCUUCUAGUGGAUAAAGAUGAUUUGGCGCAAGUCUUGAAUGUCUGUGAUGAGUCAGUUAUGGAUAUUGAUAUCACAGAAUUUGUCAAUGUGAUGGCUUUGGAAGGACAUGGAGCAGGUGAAAACAAUAGCAGUAAAAGUCGCAUACUCGAAAUUCAGGAGCGCUUUGCAUCCAUAUUUCGAUAUUACUUUGAGCCUCUACGCACCACCGAUGAUCAGGAACCGAGUUUGUUCUACUACAAACCUCCGUUCAGCAGAACAAGUGACCAGAAUUCGUCGUUGGAUGAUCAAAUAGCGCUUCUAGUGGAUUUGGUUGCUUAUUCACAAAUUCCUUUGCUCAUUCGACUAGAAUGUGUUUAUACCGACCCUGCAAAAGGCACCACAGUAACAAUACCAAUCACAUCACUACCGACGGCAUUUGCUGGCCAGACGACAAACAAGGAGCACUUUAACUUUGAGCCCAGUAUUCCUGAUAGCGCCGAUGGUGACUGGUCUCCGUUGAACUCUAGAUCGACGACCGUAUUACUACAUCUUGUCUGUCUCAAUAUGUCUCGCUCACACGAUGAAGAGUAUAUUACCACGAAUCCAUCCACGCCUUUCCCCCGCGAGUCAUUAAUUAAUUCAAUGCGGUCCCGGCCAUCCUGCUUCCCUUCUUUGCCACGUGACCAACAGGAAGCGUUGGCAGAAACGGAAGCUCGUAUCCGUUGGUUAUUGACAGAAGAAACGCUACAUGGCCUGCUCAAAGCAUCUGUUAUCACCAAACCUAUUCUUAAAUACGUUGAUCGGCAACUUGGCCGAGGAAGCUUGUUUGUCAACUUUCCCACUGUCAUCAACGUCCCGUUCCAGUUCGUCAAGGAUUUGCAUCAUAGCCGUCAAAUGUUUAUGGAUGAGCUCGAAAAGUGCGGCCAGGUUCCAGAAAGCUAUCUACUACAGCGAGUCGAUGAUUAUUUCUAUGUCAGUCAAGAUGCAGUAUACAACAUGCGAGAGGAGGAUCUGCUAUGCUCUUCAUCAUCUGCCGAGAAAGGAUCAAUUGACGACGAACGACAUACAGAUUCGACGACGGCAACGCAACCUAGUAUCGACGAUGAUGAAGGGGAUGACGAUUUAUGCAACGGUCUCGGUAUUAGUACACUUGGAACAGAUGGAGACGAUGCUACUACGGCGCCAAGGGAAUCUGCUACUGCAGUACCUUUCCAAGAUCGACCGCUCUACUGGCUUGUCCUGCGACCUCACGAGCGCUAUGUAUCGAUAUUUUUCUAUUCGAAACUUCAAAUACAGUCUGAUUUAUUGCAGCGUGCGAAGGAGAAGCUUACAGAAAUCCAAGAGCGCACCAACCGACUCAUGCUUCUCGAAAGUCUUCAAGAGACACGUUCCUGCAGUAAAUUCCUCGAACCGAGCAAUGUUGUCUCUGAUCAUGGAAUCGAUUCGUCCGACGAAGAGGACGAGGACGAGGACGAGGACAAUAUAUACACAGUCUCAGAAAACGACGGGUCAUUGGUGGCAACUGGCAAAUUUAAGCCCGGCCAGUUCGCAUGUCCAGUCAUAUAUACCAAACGAUUCCCAUUGCACUGGCGACUGCAGCCUAAUGUCGCGCUCAAGUAUCUGACAGCAGAUGUUCUACGCCUUUUCGUCGUGGGCAAUCGCCCCAACAUGUAUGUUAUCGAACGUGACGACUCAAUUGUGUACUGCAAAAUAUUUGAACAAGAGGUAGGCGGUGAUAUCGUCACCUCCACGCCAACUCCCGCGACCGUAUCACGUAGCCCGCAACCCAUGCCCGCCAAAGCCGACGCAUCACCUUUGCGAUCACCGGAUGAGAGGAAGGGAACUAAAAAUGCAUCAACGUCGACCGGUGGAUCUGAUAGGCCUCGCGAGCUUGUACUUGAAGUCCACGGUAUCGACUUACCACCAUGGAUUGAACAAGAGUUUAUUGAUCUUAUUGAGAACCGAUUGACGACAGAGAUCACCCUUAACGAAGUCCAGCACUUCUUCCUUAGAAAUCCGAAUAGCAAGCCAACGCCUGCCGAUGUCAAAUUCGUUAUGCCAAUGGAUAAACCUCCAACAGGCAAGGAGACUUUACGAAUGCCUUUGCUCGUUAGUGAUCCCACUAUGCUGUUGAUAUUUUUCAAGCAGUCAAUAUUGGCCGAUACGAUUAAGCCAUUCACUGGGCCUCAUGUAACCAAUGCGGUGAAGGAAUAUAAUCAAAAACGAUUUUUUGGACUAGCUGCUUCAGAAACCACUGAAAACACACAAUUCUGCUUCUACUACAACUGCACAAGACGUGUCCCUGGAUCCUCGACUCCCUUGGAAUUGGCAGUAGGUCAAGGUGUUGCGGGUAUCUGCGUGACGAGCGAAGCCGUCCGAAACGAUGACAGUAACGGCAACAGCAACUCACCAGAUGACCAUGUCAUGGAUAUCAGCCCUGAACGAAUAAAGGCGUGUCUAGAAGGCGAGUUUCGUGAAAGUACAUCCGCAAUAGCUGAAGCAGAAAGCAACAACAAGGCGUGUCGCAUUUGGAUUGAGCUAUGGGUCACUGGUGCUGUAGAUUCCGCUGCUUUGCUACAUCAUCUUUACGAGUGUUUCCGGCAAUCGCUCUGCGAUUAUUUGAUCGAAAAAACUGUGUCGAUUGAUUAUGGUGCAGCCUUGCUACAUCGAGCAUUAUUAUUCGACGACCGCAGUUCCAAUGUUGGUAGAGCCCUGCGUAAGACAUUUAUCGAUUCAAUCUUGUAUAUUCUGGAGAAAGCAGCCGAAUGGAAGAGCCCUACCGUCUACUCCUUUGACCAAGCUAUCCGGAUAAUGCCUUGGUCAAUGGACGAUUUGGUUGACUAUAUCAACUGUGAGCUUUGUAACCUGGACACCAACUUAAAAAUGACGGUUGCCUGGACACUACUCAACCAACAAAAAUCAGCUACAACGAACUGGGAGCUCUAUCAAGGUCAAAAACUCCUCCAUGAUCGUAUACGGAACAACAUCCGGCUUGUGGGUAUCAGCGGUCUGAGCGAAUUUGUUGAAAAGCUGGGUAGCAUGGAAGAACAAAGGCGUGCAAGUGUAGCCAGCGAAGAACGUUCAACGACGGGAUGGUCAAGAAGAAGCUCGGUAACAUCACAAAAUUCGGUAUCGAUCAAAAAACAGCUCAAAGCAGAAGAUAGCAACAAAGCUACAGAAGAUCGGUCACGGUCAUCAAGCACAUCUCGGUCCAUGUCCGGCUUAACCAGUAGAGCGUCUCGAAGCAGUGUCCCUCGUGUUGAUGUCGCCAAACACUGCUUCCUGUUUAUACGAGUGGACGUGACAGGGAUUGCUGUAUACACGUACAACUGGUCGGAAAAGACGAGUCUCAGUGUAUUCGAUAGUAUAUUUCGUGUAGUGACCCGGCAGGAAGCACGUCAUGCUGUCCUGCUGAAUAUUCUUCAACAAAAGAUGGGUGUUUUUCAUCACAGUGCACCAUUAAAGCAGACUGUGGAAAAUUAUGUCUCUUUAGCAGCAGUGCCGUCGCUGCAGCAUGUCAUGAACCAACAUUUGACACCUCAUAUCCAUAUAGCAUCGCCUAAACAGCUACCAAAGUUACAACAGCAACAACAACAACAACAGCAGCAGCAGCAGCAGCAAAAAUCCGAUACCACUACAUCGAAGGCAGAGAGCACGACUGCACGGUCCGCAAAAAAGACAAAUACCAUGUUUGAGCUUCAAGACAUGAUAAACUAUGCUACUACUACGACGGAGCGAAACGAUACCAGCAGUGUUGCCCCCACUAUAACGACCAAGUCUACUGAUCACGAUGACAAGCAGCAACAGCUUCAAUUAUGGACGGGUGAAGCAAACGAAUUGGAUACGACCCUGACGGAAUUUACAGCAGCUGAAGACGACACGCGACGAGACCACGAUCUUCUAAAACGCCAUGGCGUCCCGUUCUUUCAGGCAGUUAUUCGGAGGACAGGUGUGCAGACAAUCCAUCGCAAGGCACGUCAAGUCUACAAUAGAUGGAGUCGCCAAUAUAUCGUCGAUGAAGCCAGCGCCCCUGAUAAAUUGUUGACGCGUCGGGAUGUACGGGCGAUCCUGCGUUCAUCUCGCUUGUUGCACUAUUGCCGCACGCCGUUCUUGUUUUCGCGCUUUGAUGAAAACUGGGAUAAUCUUGACGAGGAUCCUGCAGGCAGAGAGCAGACAGCGCAAUGGUAUACCAAAUUGAUGAACGAGCUCGUUCUGGAUUACAGCAAGUAUUUGGAAGGUGUGGAUAUGCACCUUGUUGAUUUAGCAUCGUCAGAUGAUUCAGAAACAGACACGAGCGUAUUCCAGAUAUCACGCAAUUUUGCCAUCGAUUGUGCGCCCGUCUACUUGCUUCGGGUAGUCAAGGGUGGCUCCAUUUUGUGCGAACUGCGCCUUACUGGCACAUAUGUGUCAGUUACACUAUACACUCUACAUCGACGUUACGGAAGACAAGGCUAUAAAGGAGAUCGUGAGAGCUUCCGUCGUUUCGAAGAGACCAGUGGUAAUUUUAAGCAAUUUAUCCACGUCAAUUCGUUCAUCUAUGACUUCCAUCUACGACAUAUUCAAACGAUGCUUGAAGGCGGCGAAAACGUCGGCACUGCAGUAUUGGCGAAUCUCAACCUUCUCAACGUCCUUCAUCAAUUCGCGACAAUACAUAAACAACCCGCUUCGUAUGCACGCAACCGACUCGUGCGCGGAUUUUAUCAGAUCGGCUCAGACGUUACAGUGGGCAGACAAAAGUUCUUUGACAACUUGCUUGGAAGUUCGCCGCGCCAUGGACUCCGUAGUAUGCUGGUAAAGGAUAAGUCUGUUGCUGCAGCGGUGACAAGCCACGAUCUAUCAUUCAGUCCUAAUGGUGGUCGACCGGGGCAGUGGAAGCACACACUCGUCGUAACACCGGCGACAGUAGAUGAAGAAGGGCUUUGGCUAGAAUAUUUUAUACUGGUCGUAUAUCAAGGCAACACAAGUCCAACGACCAUGUACAAGAAUGUACGUCCAUCACCCAAAGCAAGCGCUGUCCUGACAGAUCCAAUCGAUAAUAUGCUCCUUCUCGAGGGUUAUACGUUGGACGACAUUGUAACCAAUGCUCGCGACCGAUUAGAUGCUAUUGUUGCGGAUGUCAUUGUAUAUUGCCAGCGUCACAACGACUGGAGCGAGCUAUAUGCAUCCGAGCUCGUCACUUUUCCUGGGCCCCAAUCAGCAAGGCUUACCACAUUACUGAGCGAAUUUGAUCACACGGAUUUAUGCGAACUGGAUCGGAAUAUGACCUCAUUGCUUAAAACACGGCUGAAUUGGCACAUAGCUUUUGAUCAGCUAAUUGCAUUGCAGCGUAAGAAAAGUGUCAAGGAUGUCAGAGCGGCUAAUGGAAAACGACAUUUGCUUCUUUACAACCACGGUCGAUACAUGGACUAUCUGAUUCAUCUGCAGCUUGACACAAAUAACCAAAUCCAGGGGUGGAUGGUGUGCCGAGAAAGCAGUCGCUCGAUCCAACCACACGGAGAACAGAUCGCGAGCCUUGGAAAUAUGCUUUGCCACGUUAUCUGGACUCAAGCACGCAAUGCCUUCAACAGUAGCAACAGCAACAACAACAACAACACAAGCACGAGCAGCAGUGCUAUUAUCACCACCACAGCAAGUAAUGCCAGUACCAGUACAGCCCUCACCGCCUCAAACACCAAGUCUUCAUCCUCACUCACAUCACCCCUAUGAAUGGUAUUAAAAGUGUAAAUAGUUUUUUAAUCAACAUGUGUACAUUCGAAAGUAAAAAUUAAUAAAUAGGGGGAGCUUUGGAACGUAGUGCCUCACAAAAUGCACGUGUGUACACCCAUGUAAAAGCAAACGCAGAACGAUGAUUGAAGCGAUACGGCGAGAGUUAUGCA